AUGGGGUUAAUGAUCGACCUAGGAAGUGAUACACCGCCGAGCAUAUCUAUGCAAGAACGAGUUAUCGCGCACCCAUCCCCUUCCUACGCGAGAGCUGCGGCGGUAUCAACCGGUGAGCCUCUCUCUGUCACUUCCGGGCAGAAACGGCAACACGUGGAGGCCCACCGCGGACAGGAGGCCUACUGCGGCGAUCAAGAAUGCACUUUGCACGUGCCGAACGUCGAAGCGGUGGCGCGCGCGCCGCUGUCGUCGUCUUCGCUGCCGCUGUUGCGGUGGCGUCACGCGAGAUCACAACGGGCGGUGCUGGGGAAGCCGAGGUACAAAAUAAUAGUGAAGGAGAAUGGGUUCAGGUCGUAA